AUGGAUGCUUUUAACAAAGUUCUAGAGUUCUUGGAAGAAAUGACGAAAAACGCGGAUGAGGUUCAAGAGAAAGUGCUAGAUGAGAUCCUGUCUCGAAAUUCUGGUGUUGAGUACUUACAGAGGCAUGGCCUUAAUGGUCAGAUUGAAAGGGAAACUUUCAAGAAGAAUAUGCCUGUGAUCAGUUAUGAGGAUAUUAUGCCAGAUGUUACUCGUGUUGCUAAUGGAGAUAAAUCCCAAAUCCUUUGCUCCCAACCCAUUUCUGGGUUCCUGAUGAGUUCUGGGACCUCAGCAGGAAAGCCGAAAUUGAUACCGACAACCGAGGAAGAGUCCGCGAGGAGGCAAUUUCAAUUCAUUCUUGUAAGGGCAGUGAUGAGCAAAUAUAUUCCUGAUCUGGACAAAGGUAAAAGAAUGUAUUUCCUCUUCACCAAACCUGAGGUAAAGACUCCAGGUGGACUAAUAGCAAGAACAGUUACAACUAGCUUUAGCAAAAACAGCGCACCUUUGAAGAAUGGCGCAAAUUUCAGUAGCCCGAUUGAGACUAUUCUCUGCCCUGACUCAUACCAGAGCAUGUACUCCCAAAUGCUUUGUGGUUUGUGCCUAAAUAAAGAAGUCAUCAGUGCUGGCGCUGUUUUAGCCUCGGGUUUCAUUCGAGCUAUUCGAUUCCUUGAAAAGCACUGGCAACUUCUGUGCAAUGAUAUCCGAACAGGUACUCUAAACCCGCAAAUCACAGAUCCUUCUGUGAGGGAUGCUGUGAUGAGACUCCUGAAACCAGACCAGCAGCUCGCUGAAUUUAUCGAAGAACAAUGUGGCAAAAAGGAGUCUUCUUGGAAAGGGAUCAUUAAUAAGUUAUGGCCUAAUACAGGGACAAUGUCGCAGUACAUCUCAAUUCUGGAUUACUAUUGCAAUGGCCUUCCUGUUGUUUGCAAAGUAUAUGCUUCUUCUGAGGGUUUUUUUGGUGUUAACCUUAACCCUCUCAGUAACCCAAGUGAGGUUUCUUACACUGCUAUUCCUACCCUUUGCUACUUUGAGUUCCUCCCUGCAGACAGGAACAAUGGUGUCACAAACAGUAUUAGUUCGCCCGGACCUCUCGAUGAUAAGGAGCAACAAAAAUUGGUUGAUCUUGUUGAUGUCAAAUUGGGACAAGAGUAUGAGAUUGUUGUCACAACUUAUGCAGGUCUAUAUCGCUACAGAGUUGGGGAUGUUCUCAAGGUGGCAGGGUUUAAGAACAAGACCCCUCAAUUCAACUUCAUUUGCCGGAAAAACGCAGUCUUAAGCAUUGAUAUGGAAAAAACUGAUGAGGCUGAACUACAAAGUGCUGUGGAAAAUGCAACAAGACAUUUGGUCCCAUUUGAUGCAAUGUUAAUUGAUUACACGAGCUUCGGGGACAUUGCCAGCAAUCCAGGACAUUAUGUUUUGUACUGGGAGCUUAGACAAAAUGGAUCAACCGAAAUUCCUCCUAAGGUUUUUGAAGAUUGUUGCCUCAGCAUUGAAGAGUCCCUCAACACUUUUUAUUGCCAAGGGCGCUUUUGUGACCAUUCGAUUGCUCCGUUAGAGAUCAAAAUUGUGAAGGCUGGCACAUUUGAUGAGCUCAUGGACUAUUCCAUCAGCUUAGGUGCUUCAAUCAAUCAAUAUAAAACUCCUCGCUGUGUGACAUUUGCACCAAUUGUUGAGCAUCUGAACUCCAGGGUUGUCUCGAGCUACUUUAGUCCGACAAGUCCCAAGCCCGAACCUGGUCAUUAG